AUGGUCGUACAACCGACUGAAAUCGGGGCACUCCCAAACGAAAUCCUCCUCUCGGUCUUCUCGCAUCUCUCCACUCGAGACCUCCUCCCACUCACUCCUUCCUGCCAUCUCUUCCAUGACAUCAUCCUACGAAUUCUCGAAUUCCGACUACGAGAAGCUGCCGCCGAUAAAGACCACAAGCUCAUUGUCGAAUGCUACCAUCCCUCUGCCAAGUUCUAUACUCCCUACCUCUACUGCGAAUACCUCGGGACUUCAUCUAUAUAUCCCGACCGUAACGGUGUCCGUGGAGAAGAACAAUGCGGAAGCCUGGGAAAACUCUCGAACCUAUACUCGUAUUUCCGCCCUCUGAAACCCGUCGGUAAUCGGCGGGCGUUGCGUCUACAUCCUUCCCUGAUACCUACGGGGGUGACGAAUACAGACGAACAAUUGGUAUGCCAGGAUUUAAAUCUCGAAUCCCACGAAUUGUUUAGCCAAUUGGUCACGGUGACGAACUUGGUGAAGCUGGGUCCGAAGCCGGGAAUCUUCAGAAGCUCUGUCAAUGUCGGCGAAGGAUUGACAAGAGUAUGGAGAGAUUGGCUUUCCGAUCGGGUGGCAUGCGAAAAUGAGGGUCCCACGGAGCGAGAAAAACGUCUAUUGUGGUCAGAUGCUAGAAGAAAUGUUGGCAUGCGGAUGCAAGUCAAACCCGGGCCAGAGGUCCCUCCCGCACCCAUGUUAAGGAGAGGUGAGGAUCCAUCAGUUAGCUAUACAUUGCAGUACGAGGAACUCGCAGUUAGGACCUCGCAAUUACUCCUCAUGCUAGAGCAAUCUUUCAAUCAAGAAACAAACCAUACAGGUAAAUCUUCUGUGGUGAUUGGUUCGUGGAUAAGUUGA